AUGGGCGUGCCACCGAGACCCAGCAGCGCCGUCUCCAAGUGGUGCGCCCAGGAGGUGGACCUGGGCUGUCCGGACGCGCCGGCGCCCGUCCGCCGACCGGCCACCACCAUAGUGAUCCGCAGCGGCCGGCUGGGGGAGCGCAGCCCGGCGGGCGCGGCGCGCACGGCCGUCUCGCUGCAGCUGGUCUGGCUGCUGGUGGCGCUGCUCUGCGUGGCCGUGCUCAUCGCCCAGAUCGUAGACCGCAUCCAGACGCUCGGAAACCCGCCGAUCGGCACCGAGAGCCGGCGCGUCUACAACACCAGCAUGUACUACCCGGCCGUCACCAUCUGCCACAUGGAGGGCUUCAAGCGCUCCGUGGUGAGUCGCUACAACCAGAGCUGGGACCGCAACUCGCGCGCGUUCCAGGCGCGCUGGUCGCGCUUCCCGUGGCAGUCGGCCACGCUGGAGCAGCUGUGGACAGAGGCCAGCUACUCGCCCCAGGAGACCAUCAUGACCUGCCAGCUGGGCGACGGCCGCAACGACGGCGUGUGCCCCGUCUGGGCCGGCCUGGCCGACGGGCUGCGCUCGUUCGAGCUGAGCUGGCAGCUGCAGCCGCUGUCGGGCGGCUGCACCACACUGCGGCCGCGCGCCGACCUCCACCCGCGGCCCGGCAUCGAGACCGGCAUCCAGCUGUACCUGCGCAGCGACCCGGACGAGUACGUCAGCCCCGGCAUGGGUGUCGGCUGGACGGUGACCGUGCACGACCCCAAGUACAACUGGUCGGACCUGGCGCUCGGCUGGUACGACUCUCUGAGCGUGCUCACCGGUGACCGGGUGCAGGCCAAGCUGGAGGGCAGCUUCCACUCGUCGGUGCAGCGCCAGGACGCCUCCUGCGCCGACGUCAAGGACUACAACGUCGCCUCGUGCCACUACAACUGCAUCGCCGACCGGCUGGAGGCCAAGUACGGCUGCCGGCCGCCGUGGAUCGCCGGCGCCCAGCCGCUCUGCAACGACUCGGCCAGCUUCGAGCCGCUGCUGAGCAGCGUGGUGCGCCGCGAGGACUCGCUCUACAGCGAGUGCCUGGCGCGCUGCAUCCGACCGUGCGACAACAACUUCUACAGCCUGUACGUGAUGUCGGUGAGCGGCGCGGCCGAGCUGCUGGCCAACAACAUCAGCCAGGUGCAGAUCUACUACCCGACCGGCCUGACGGCGCGCGCCGCCCAGUACCGCGCCUACAGCGGCAUCCAGUUCCUGGCCGACGUCGGCGGCCUGCUGGGACUCCUGCUCGGCGUCUCCGUCCUCUCCACCGCCCAGGUGAUCAAGGACGGCUGCCUGUGGGCGGCGCGCCGCUACUGGCGGCUCGAGGAGGAGGACGACCAGUGGGACGAGGAGGCGCACGAGCUGGUGGCCGCCGCCAGCUGCGGCAUCGCCGGACAGACCGCCAAACGCUAG